UUCAUGGAAAGUGAAAGAAUACGGCACCCGACUGCUGUGAAUGUGGAGCUGGAGAGCAUGCUAAAAGAUCAAGAAUCACUCACUGAGAAGAGAACAGCACUGUUAUAUUCUCUGGGCAAUAUGCUGCCUUUGAUGCAAUCCAAGGCUGAAUUAAACGAGUGGUAUGAAUCUGUGGUGGCUUUAAAUAAGCAGAUAGAUACCCACAAUGUCCAAUACUUAAUGAAAAUCCGCCUCCAGUACGAGAAAGUUUGCCAGGAGUGUUUGUCAAAGGUGCAGGAGUGUAAGGACCACUUAGAACAGUUGGUUAAGCACACAGAAAUCAACUGCAGGAACAUCUACCAGUACUUCCAGGAUGCUCUCACUCUCUUUGAUAACCACAAAUGCAGCCUUGUUCGUCAUGAAAACGAGCUUCACAGUAAAAUGAACGAAUGCCGGAACAAGCACGAAAAUCUAAACAAGCUAAGGGAAGUUAAUCUGGAUGUGGCCGUGGACAAACUGAGGACCCAAAGUUCUGAUGAAAAACUGAAGGCCCAGCUGGAGAAGGUUUAUAAUGUUUUGGACUUCAUUCGAGCAGGAAAUGGGGGAGGACGUCGAGGAAUCGGAAGGAAUGGAGGAGGGCUUCUCUGAGCACAAAGAAGA